AACACAAGUCACCAAUGAAGCAUGGAAUCACAUAAAAAGUAUACCAUCUAUAAAUACACCUUGACUUCUGAACUUAGUCAAAGCAAAUGCUGCUUCUUCCGCUCCGCACGGAGAGAGAGAGACGGAAGCAGCAAUGGAGGGCGAGAAGGCCGCGCUACAGUCGUGCUGGUAAUGGCUCAGCAUAACAAUGGCAACAACAGUGCGAGCCAACAGUUAGUGAAGCCUGUCUUCCAUGAUUUUCUGGGCUCGAAGCCCCAUGAUUCCCUUGUCGUUUUGGCCCCCAAAACCGCCAACGUGAGGCUGUCCGAGGCCUCGCCGUCCUCCACAUCGGUGUCUGUUGCCGCCUCUUCUGCCGGUGGCCGUGGUCCCUUCUCAACCACAUCCGACAUCGGCUCUGAAAGACAGGUAGGAAAUCAUCUCGAGGGAGUUCCAUUUUAUGGACCCAGGAGUGAUUUUUCUGACACUGGGUUGAGCAACAGGCUAAUAGGAAACAAGAGAAGUAGUUCCGAGUCCGCUUUCAUGGGAUCCUCCAGAGAUGCCUUCCAAGUGGUCCCUGACUCCAUUCAAAACUCACAUUUGAUGAAAAUGUUCCGGAGUACAGCGGGAGGAGAGCUUCACAGAAGGUCUAAUGAUGAUGAAGUUUUUCUUGGCAUGCAGUCACUGAAGCCAACGUCAGCUUCUCAGAUAUUUCAGCCUCUUGCUGGAACUAAGUUUGAUUCCAAUAGAUGGGAACGGUCUGUUGUUAUGAAUGCUGGCCCGUCUAUGCAGCAUCCACCACGUGGGGCUCAAUUAACACCUUUUGCACACCAAAUAGCUUCAAACAAGGUCAGGGAGACCAAUAUUGGUCCUUCAUUUAUCUCUCAGUCAGCUGCUGAUGAAGGAUCUAGAACUGGAAUGAAAGGCCCUGGAAUUUUGAGCUCUAUAAACAUCACAACUGCUGCGCCUGAGAAAACUCCUUCUGCUGUGGUGCUUGGUGGAGGCAGGCCAAAGCCUGUGAUGAAUAUAAUAGAUUUAGAAUCAUCCACUCCUCCGAGCCAACAUGAGUCAAGAUCUGCCAGCUGCCAGAUGACCAUAUUCUAUGGAGGUCAAGCUCAUGUGUUUGAUAAUGUCCACCCGAAUAAGGCAGAUGUUAUAAUGAGCUUAGCAGGGUCAAAUGGAGGAAGUUGGUCCACAAGCACAUGCUCGUCCAAGCCUCCUGUGAAACAGCUGGUUCAUGAUACUGCAGAAACUCAAACUGGGAAGCUUCAUGCCAUUCCCUCUGCUGAUCGCUUCACUACUGCACCACCAGCACCAGCACCAGGGCGACCUCAAGCAAGUGUUGCUGCUAAAGAAGAUACGAGAAAAAACCCAGUUGAAGUACCGGAGCUAGAUCCCAUUUCGCAAGAGAAGAGAGCCGAAUGAUGGAUUUGGUUGAUUGGUUUUGGAUCUGUCUGAUUAAAAACAAGUCUCUUCUCUCACUGUUAUGAUUAUUCCUAUCAUCAUGAGCUUCAUUCUCAUCCUCAUCAUAUCAAAUGUUUAAACAAGUCCACCAGGAAUAUUCAAUGAAUGUGUGCAAGUGCCUUAGAAUUGUUGGAUUAUGACUUUUAGUAUUAAAACUGGUGAUGCCCAAA